UACAGUAAACCACUCUACACUGUAACAAGCACUUCAAUUCAUAUAAUUGAAAUAUUGAGGUUUGCCCUGAAGAGGGCACAACAUCAUCACAUUUGCUGAGGAGAAAAGCAAAUGGGAAAGAUAUGAGGAUGUUUCAGGUGUAGGGGGAAAUUAUUUACACAUUGCACAUCUUUCUAUUUCAAAAAUAGUUAGACGACACAUUAUCACUGGAUUUCUGAAAGACCACAUUAUGUAGGCUAAUGAUUGAUAACAUUGUGGAAAUGUAGCCUACGGUAUAAACAAGCGGAAUAGAAUCAAAUAAUUUGAAUGGUAUGAUACCAGAAAUAUCCUACAAUCACAUCGAAAUCCAUUUGGCAGACAUUGCCCAACAUAGGCUUAAGAAAAUAUUGGCAAACAUAUUGAAUUGAAAACAUGAUUAUGGCCGUGUUGGAGACGAUCAAAAUCGCAAUGUAUCAUUGGUAAAUUGUGAUGGAUUGACUGAUCUACAAAUAAUAACGAGUCGUUAUUUAUGAUGCAAGGUGAUUUGUAAAUCAGACAGACACCUACAUUCAUUUUGAUUCUCUGGAACACGGCCAGUGCCUAGAUGGCGGCUUGCAGGAGAGCAAUACCUUAUACGUCAGAGCGACGCUGGCAAUGACGAGCACACCAACUCUCCUCCAUGCCUUUACCUUCGGCUCCAAAAAAAGAGAAGCCCUCAUCAGUACCACUGCGAUGACACUUCUGUAGCCUGUGACCACGGGUACAGACCAACUUCUGUCAACUUGAAUGAUCAAUAAUUAACGGUCUUUGGACCACAUUUGCUCGACUGAGAACAACAAACAACUCUUACUCUUUUAACAACUAAACUAACCAACCAACUACAGUUCUGUGAACAUUUCGUGGGUGCGUUUGUUUCCCUUAUGUCCCGAAAAUCUAGCGACAAUGACUAUAGUCUUCGUAGUAUGAGCAACCUGAUGGGUGAGAGGAGGAAGAAAGUGAACGAUGACGGAGAGCGGAGCCUCAUCAAAGCACCGUCCAACGCGAGCAUCAACAGCCAGGCUGUCCCUGCCAAUGCCGCUACCGCCACCUCCACCGGGGACCUGGAGAGAGAGGCGCGUAAACAGUUCCAGCAAGAUGUCACGCCUGCGUUUGUUUAUGUUCUGGCCGCGUUCUCUGCGCUGGGUGGCUUUCUGUUCGGCUAUGACACCGGGGUAAUCUCGGGAGCGAUGCUCCUGCUCAAGAGGGAGAUGAAUCUCAGCGCCCUGUGGCAGGAGGUUCUGAUCUCUAGUACUGUGGCUGCCGCCGCGCUGUCCGCGUUGGCCGGCGGGUUCUUGAACGGAGUUUUCGGGCGCAGGGUCUGCAUCCUCCUGGCUAGUUUUAUCUUCACAUCUGGGGGAAUAGUGCUUAGCGCAGCUCCCGAUAAGGAGGUUCUCCUGGUCGGACGUCUCAUUGUCGGGCUUGGACUUGGUAUUGCGUCCAUGACGGUGCCAGUGUACAUAGCCGAGACGUCUCCCCCCCACCUGAGAGGCCAGCUGGUGACAGUAAACACACUGUUCAUCACGGGAGGCCAGUUCACUGCCAGCAUCAUAGACGGGGCCUUCAGCUACCUACGCCACGAUGGAUGGAGGUAUAUGUUGGGUCUGUCGGUGGUCCCUGCGGUGCUCCAGUUCGUGGGGUUUCUGUUCCUGCCAGAGAGCCCCCGCUGGCUGAUCCAGAAAGGCCUUACCCAGAAGGCCCGCCGCGUGCUCAGCCAGAUUAGAGGCAAUCAGAACAUUGACGAGGAGUACGACAGCAUCAAGAACAGCAUCGAGGAGGAGGAGAAAGACUGCGGAGGAGAUGGCCCUGUGAUCUGGAGGAUGCUGACCUACCCCCCCACACGGAGAGCACUCCUGGUGGGAUGUGGACUACAGAUGUUCCAACAGCUCUCUGGGAUCAACACUGUCAUGUACUACGGCGCCACCAUCCUGCAGAUGUCGGGAGUGCGGGAUGACAAGCUGGCCAUCUGGUUGGCCGGGGUCACAGCCUUCACCAACUUUCUGUUCACCCUCCUGGGGGUGUGGCUAGUGGAGAGGGUUGGCCGCAGGAAACUCACACUGGGGAGCAUCAUCGGAACAUGUCUGAGUCUGUCUCUGCUGGCCAUUGGGUUUCUGCUGUCUGCCCAACACACCCCUCCUGUCACCCUCCACCCCACUGACCCCUCAAUGGUCAACUCCACCUGCAACAGACACCUGCUGUGUGAGCCGUGUAUGCUGGACCCGGCGUGUGGCUUCUGUUACCGUGAGAACAGCACGGCUCUGUUCGCCUCAUCCUGUGUACCUGUCAAUACAGCCUCCACAGAGAAGGCAGCCUGGGGCAGGUGUUCCAACUCGACCCAGCUGAGAGUCCAUACGUACUGGGCCUAUAACUACUGUCCCACCUCCUACUCCUGGUUGGUCCUACUGGGUCUUGUUCUCUAUCUGGCUUUCUUCGCCCCAGGUAUGGGUCCGAUGCCGUGGACAAUCAACUCUGAAAUUUACCCCCUGUGGGCCCGGAGCACAGGGAACGCCUGUUCAGCUGGAGUCAACUGGACGUUUAACUUCCUGGUCUCCCUCACCUUCCUCCAUGUGGCUCAGAAUCUCACCUACUACGGAGCGUUUUUCCUUUACUCCAGCCUGGCUCUGCUUGGGUUCUUCUUCAUCUACGGCUGUCUUCCUGAGACUAAGGGCCGGAGGCUGGAGGAGAUUGAGUCCCUGUUCGACAACCAGCUGUGCUCCUGCGGGGCCACGGACUCUGACGAGGACCGGCAGGUGGAGUACAUCAGGGUGAAGGGGAGCAACUACCACCUCUCUGAUAACGAUGCCUCCGACGUGGAGUAGCCCUCGCCCGUGUGCCAGCCUGUCUGUGCUUUCGUGCCAACUCACUGUCACUCAUUGUCAUGCCAAAUAAUGGCUUGACGAUGACAGCCAUGAGGUUGGCAAGAGCACAAACAGAUCUGGGACCAGGCUAAAGUAGCCCAGUCUAGUUUGUAACUUUGGCCCUGGAUAUUGUCUCUGUUCUCUCAUCUCAGAAAGUGUGUAUCAAGUGACUCAGAGCAGGAGUGUUGAUUUAGGAUCAGUUUAACCUUUUAGAUCAGAGUGAAUGAUAUUACAUGGACAGGAAGCUUGAUACAUGUACAUACAGCCCCUGAUCUGCAUCCUCCCCGAGUCCUCGUCUCUGGUUAGCCUCACAGCCACGUAGGUUACAUUGCUCCAUCAUUUUCACGGACAGGGUAGCUCUUUGUAACACGUGAGUUACUUGCACAUUUUAUUUAGCCUAUUUAAUGUUGUAGAUACAUCUAUAGUUUGAUGAGAAUCUCCUUUUUCAUUUAAGAACCAUCACGUGAAUAGUAUUAAGCAUACAUUACAUUCAUAUAUAUAUAUAUAUAUAUAUAUAUAUAUAUAUAUCUAUCCUCAGCAUUUACACAUCCAUUUUACUGUUCAUCUGUCGCAUUAUUAUGAAUUUCCAUAUAUGUGAGGCAGACCAACUACGAUUAACAAAACUAUUGCCAUUUUCCUCACAUAAAACCAUAUGAUUAGAGAUACAACCUCUUAACAACAAAACCUUAUUGUAGGAGGCCAAACAUCCACCAAAAGUGUUAAAUUCAGAGCGAGGGGUUGUAAUAUAUAGUGUUGAUACCAGUAUGCCUUUCUAUAUGAAACACAACUCAGUACAAUAUUGUCUCAGCUUGUCUGUAGCAUCACAAACGGGGUGUCAGACACUAGUAAUAUACCUGGGCUCUACGUCCCAAACGGCACCCUAUUCCCUAUAUAGUGCACUACUUUUUAACUAGAGCCUUAUGGGCCUUGGUCAAAAGUAGUGCACCAUAAAGGGAAUAGCAUGCCAUUUGAGACACGAGCUGGUCUCCAUCUAAUGAUGAAGUUCAGUCUUGCUUUGCAGUUUGUUUAAUCAUGUUGGUUGUAAAGCUACAGUAGCACAUGACCUGUCUCUGUUGUCUCAUGAGUAAACCUAUGAAUUAUUAGCUUAUUUAUUCCAAUGUAUUUUACCCAUGAUGUCGGUGCCUGUACUGAAGUGAAAUGUAUGAAGGAGUCGUGAUGAUAGCCUUUUAAAAUUUUAUUUCAGAAGUUGCACAAAUGUUUUUAUUGAUAAAUGUUGACGAGACUAUUCAUUGGGUUACUCAGACCAUCAGAGAGAAUACCCAUACAUUGAAAUGGACAGUUUAGUCAGUUAAUGUUACACACAUAGUUGCCCUUUGGGAAAACAAUGUCAGAAAGAAUGUCUUAUUUCAUCUCCAUUUUACGUUGUGUCUUCCUCCACAGCCUUAUGUACAAAUCGCAAUGCAUUACUCUUCACGUGAAAGAGCUGGGGUUCUCGUGUUCUAAAGGGUCGAGGAGUACUGUACUGUACUUGCUCAUGUCAUUUUAUAUAUCGUUAAACUAUGUAAGGUGACGCAUUUUUAGUUGAGUACUUGAGUACAAGAUUUGUGUGUAGCAGACUCUCGUUGAAAGUGGUCAACAUAACGUCGCUGAGAAUAAUGUCUGUGUAUUAUUGUCAGUGACAAAACCAGAUAGAUAGCUACUAUUGUGAAUUCAAAUAGGAUUUUCUUUCGACUGAAAUGAAAUGACAGCAUUUCAAGUUAUCACUAGGUGUGUUUUGCCAGUUCAUUGGAACAACAGUAUCAAUAUUGGAUUAUUGAGUAUUUAUUAUCCAUAUAUGAGUAUCUGAUUAGAAAUGUGAUUAGAAAAGAGAGGAUACUAUAAAUCGGACUAAACUGGAGGUUCACUGGAAGACAGAAUAACGUUUUGCUUUUAUUAUCACAGAUAGUUCGUUAGAGAAACACUUUAUUGCACAUCCUGGUCACAGAGGCGACAACACUGUCGUCAUGUACCAAAACAUGUAAAUGAGAUGGUGUCAAACAGGUUAUUUGAUGUGUUGUGGUCCUAGAAUGCACUUUUGAUUUUGAAGACGGUCACAACCGCUUGCCAACCCAUCCUGUUAUUAUUAUAUUGCCUUCUUUGCUUUAACUCCUAAAUGGGGUCAUCCAAUGUGUUUAUGGUGAACGGGUGCAAUUUUUUCUAUGUGAAAACAAAAUGAAGUGCAGUGUUUCUAUUCUAGGUUAUGAAGAAGAACUAGUGAAGAUUUUCAAACAAAUAUUUAUCCAGCGCUGUAUAGUAUACAUUUGAUUAUUGUUGCUGUAAACGUUUUGCCAGAAUUUAUAUUCUAUCAAAGUAAAUAUAUUCAUGAGAAUCUUGAACACUUGAAUAUGUAUCGGGGGAAAAUAAAUAAACGGAUUAUCUUGCCA